UUACAAAAACUUUAAAAUUAAAAUAAAAAAUGGAAGAAGUGUGAAAAAUAGUUCUUCUGACGGAAAUGUUAUACUGAAGGCCAGGGUAGAGAAAGUGGUUGUACGAAUUUCUUUUGGAUGCAAAGGUCAGGUUUGUGAACAUGGAUUGCGAUGGCUUCCGCAAUGUGCAAAAGGCGCAACAAUAUUCGGAACCUACUCAGUCUGAAUGGGUACCCAAUGAAAUUCAUCGAAAAAUAUAUGACGGAGAAGAAAACAAGGACAAAAAUACCCACUGUCCCCAAGAAGGUAUUAUUCAUAAAACUACAAUUCAUAAAUGACACCGUUGAAGAAGUCAUAACUCAGAAACUAAGAAGAGCGGUACAAAAAACAUUUAAUGCUGCCAAAUUAAAUAUCAUCUUCUACAACCACCCGAAAAUAAGAACAUCCAUUAAAGACAGACUGCCAGAAUUCACCAAAUCUAUGUGUAUCUAUCGUUUCAACUGCUCCUGUGGAGCCAGUUACAUAGGGUGUACAAUUCGACAGGUCCGUCACCGCAUUACAGAACAUCAUCCAACAUGGCUAAGCAAAGGACAGGUGAAAGUGAUUAAAAGUUCUAUUCUCUCUCACUUGGUUGACACAGGUCAUCAAGUCGAAGUGAAUAAAGCUUUUAAGGUUAUCUACAAUAUUCCAUCAAAUCUACCACAUGGUUUACGGUUGCGCCUUUUUCACAUUGCGGAAGCCAUCGCAAUCCAUGUUCACAAACCUGACCUUUGCAUCCAAAAGAAAUUCGUACAACCACUUUCUCUACCCUGGCCUUCAGUAUAACAUUUCCGUCA